AGCUGGACUGACCUCUGUCGCCGUUAGAAUGGUUUUCUAUACUAGACCAACUAGGUUGAUAAACAUAGGUGAUGUUUCAAUAAACAUGAAAACGUGCCGUUUAGUUAAAUUCAAUCAAUGACUAAAUAUAGUGAAGAUAUCGUUUCAAUUGUUCGAAAUUUAACUGACCUUGUCGACCGGAAAUGCAGGUUACAGCGUUUUAUACACAGUUCAGUAAGAAUCCGCCAACGAUUUCGAAAGCACGAAUAUUUUCAUCCGAGUGUUUGUUUUUAAUUAAGUGAUAAUGUCCGAUAAUACAGGGUGUAAGGAAGAUAUUGAUACAGUUAAAUUAGACGAGAUCAAUACGAAACUACAGGAUGCUCCCACGGAAGUGUUUGAUGAAGUCAAAGGCCUCGACGCGAAUCGCUAUGCGACGAAGAAGACGGUCGCUCAGGGCAUGCUGGACAUCGCCCUGCUGACAUCAAAUGCGUCGCAACUCAAAUACGUGCUGCAAGUCGGACAGAAGCACGAGUUUUAUACGUUGCUAGUGAUACUUAUCAGCGUAUCAAUUGUCCUACAGUUGCUCGUUGGGCUAAUGUUCGUUGUGAUCGGCGGUCUGGACCUAAACGACCAUCAAGAUCAGCCGUCCGCCAUUAUCCUUAAUGACGUCAUCGUUAUCUUCAUUUUCACCAUAUCUGUUCUCAAUAUAGUGAUCUCAGCGUUCGGAAUUGAAUACUCCAACAAUCCUCUAGUUUUAGAACGAUUAAAAUUAAUUAAUAGUGAAUAUAUGCGAAAAUUGAAUACUACAGUUACAUAGAAUUAAGUUUAUUUUUAGUUUUUUUUUUAUUAUUUUGCCAUAACUAAAUAUUUCAUAAUCUUCUUUUCAAGUACAGCGGGUCGUUUUCUAAAGUCUUGUUUUAACACAGGCAAUUGCGGGAAUACUGGCUCUUGUAAUAUCAUCUUUGGACGACGAGCAUAAUCAAAAACGAAAGAAGAUAGCUGAUGGUCUUUACCACUUGUCGGUCGGGCUGAUGACAGGCGUGGUCUUCUGUGACGUUAUCAAAAUGACGUUCGGAUUCGACCCAGCUCUCUCCGAACAAGAUUAUUAUAGGAAUAGUUAGAGAUUACAAAGUUUUAAGACAAACAAUAUUUUAUCUAAAAAAAUGCCAACAAGUAUGUCAGGUCCUUUUUCAUAAUGUACAAGUAAAAUUAUUAGAAACCGAGAAUUUUACCUGCUCACAACAUCGGUCCAGACGUUCCAAAGGUUACCCAAACAAAACGAGGUCUUGAGCACAAACAAAAUGUUUAUAAUUUCAAUUUUCUGUCAUAAAAACGCAAGCAUAUGUUUGCAACCGAAUGUUAUGUAAAUAUGAAUAUUUUUGGUUGUCCAACAAUUUUCUUGGUCCAUGUGAAAAAUGCCCUUUGCUUUGUAUCAAUUUUGUAUUGUGUGCCAGUGUUUAUUAAUUCCCUUAAAGGCUUUGUUUUCUUUUUAUUUAUUUUUUGUGUUAUGUGCCAGUGUUUAUUUAACUAUGAUUUUUUUAAUUUCGUUU